AAGCAACGCAAGGCCACGAGACUCUGAUGAGGAAAUUCUCAGAGUGGCGACAGAUGUGACGCCCCUCCUCUCUGGCGUCAUCUGCGGCUCUGUUUGCUUCCACGGACGUCGGAGCAGCCAUAACUCGACCUGCCUCCAUCCUAGAGGUGCUAUUCCUAUGAGAGAGGGAGUGUCUGGCGUGCCAAAGCUCAUUUCUGAACUCCUGAAGGGAGGAGCCGUGGGAAUUGGAGGGAUAGCUGGAUUGAUGAGGGUGCUGGAGAACAGAGUGUGAGCCGCUCUCCACGUCUCCACCCGAGCGCUGGGCUCCAUAAUCAGUUCAUCCUCCCAGACACUUGAGCACAACUUAUUCUAGAGGAUUUUUGCUCUGAGAUUUCAUAUCUUUCACUAUAUGUUUUGAAUAUAUUCUAGCUUCUUUGCUCAAGUCGAUGCUCCCCUUCAUCAAAUGUGGCAGGUGGGCCUGAGGAACGAUUCUCUGUGAAACUAAAAGCAACAACGUGUAAGGUAGAGUGAGGUGACAGAGGAAAGCAGGGUAAAAGCGCUGACUGGUCUUGGAACGUUUGAGUUGGAGUGUGUCUAUGCAAGACUUAGAAGGCCUGUGUAGCAGUGGAUGAGAGUUUGUGCCGAGGGCUGACAGGAAGAGGCAGCUAGACGGCAAUGCAUAAUCGAAGCCUCUAAGUGUGCACAGGAGAGUACGUUUGUGUGUGAAUGUGCAUGCAGGAGCAUGUGAUUGUCUCUUAGAGUGCAGAAUUCUGAGAAUUGGCCAUUAUUGCCGCUCCCUCCUAUUUUUGUGCUGGAGCCGGGAGGGUCAACAUUAACAGUGCGCGAGAGAGAGAGGAACGGAUACAGCAAAAAAUAAAUAAAUAAAUAACAGUGACACUUCAGUUUUUUUGUCACCAUAUUUUUGGUGCCCAUUGGUGGGGUUCUUUUUCCUCUGAGUGCUUGAGCUUUGUAAAAAAAAACGACUUUUGUCCCAUCAAAUGGAUUAUUAUAAGAAUCACAGCUUGUGAAGGGCUCUCAGAUGGAUAAUUUCUAGCUGGAAUACCUUCUCCUUUGAGACUCUCCACACCACUCCAUUUCUGUGACUUUCAACCUGUCAUCCUAGAAGACGUGUUGCGAUUCCCCGGAGGACUGCGUUCACUUGUUACCACAGCAAUCCAUGGCAUCCUGUUCCUGACAAGGUCCGCUUCAUUCUGGGGUGCUAUAGGCAGCAGAAGGCAUCUCCAUGAGGAGCGGUAGAAGAUGCCGGAACUGCCAGCGCUCCUGCUGUCGAUUUACUUCCGCUUCCUGUUAGUCACCGUGGUUACCAUGCCGCCUUCUUCCCUGAGCCAGACCUCUGUUCUGUCAUCCGUACGGAUGGCGGCAAUUUUGGAUGACAGCUCUGUCUGUGGGCGUGGGGAGCGUUUAGCUUUAGCGUUAGCACGCGAGAACAUCAACAGUGUGAUGGAGGGCCCGGCUCGUGCUCGCGUGGAGGUCGACAUAUUUGAACUCCAGAAAGACUCUCAGUAUGAGACUACAGAUACUAUGUGCCAGAUUCUGCCAAAGGGCGUGGUCUCUGUGAUUGGCCCCGCCUCCAGCCCUGCCUCUGGCUCCAUAGUCAGUCACAUCUGUGGGGAAAAGGAGAUUCCGCAUGUCAAAAUCGGUCCGGAAGAGACUCCACGGCUUCCUUACCUGCGCUUUGCAUCUGUGACUCUGUAUCCUAGCAACGAAGAUCUGAGCCUUGCCAUCGGAGCCAUCCUACGCUCCUUCAGCUACCCAUCGGCUAGUCUGGUCUGCGCUAAGGCCGAAUGUCUGCUGAGACUGGAGGAGCUGAUAAGGGGGUUUCUGAUCUCUCGAGAGACGCUGUCAAUCAGGAUGCUGGAUGACAACCUUGACCCCACGCCUUUACUAAAGGAGAUUCGUGAUGACAAAAUAGCUACAAUAAUUAUUGAUGCUAAUGCAUCUAUAUCUUACCUUAUACUGAAAAAGGCGUCAGAGUUGGGAAUGACAUCAGCGUUUUACAAGUACAUCCUCACAACUAUGGACUUCCCGUUGCUGUGGUUGGAUGAUAUAGUGGAUGAGCAGUCAAACAUCGUGGGCUUCUCAAUGUUUAACACCACCCACCCAUUUUACCUGGAGUUUAUUAGGAGCCUUAACCUGUCCUGGAGAGAGGGCUGUGACAUUAACCCUUACCCUGGACCAGCGCUGUCGUCGGCCCUGCUGUUUGAUGCGGUCCACGUGGUGGUGAGUGCAGUGCAGGAACUCAAUCGGAGUCAGGAGAUUGGUGUCAAACCUCUCAGCUGCACCUCCCCUCAGAUCUGGCAACACGGAACCAGCCUCAUGAACUACCUGCGUAUGGUGGAGUAUGAUGGUUUGACAGGUCGAGUUGAGUUCAACAGUAAAGGCCAGAGGACCAAUUACUCCCUCCACAUCCAGGAGAAGCACAGGGGAGGCCACAAAGAGAUUGGGAUCUGGUACUCUAACAACACUCUGCUGAUGAACUCCACCAGUCUGGAUAUCAACGUGUCUGAGACUCUGGCUAACAAGAGCCUCAUCAUCACCACUAUACUGGAGAACCCGUACGUGAUGAGAAAGGUGAAUUACCAGGAGUUUGAGGGGAAUGAGCAGUACGAGGGUUUCUGUGUGGACAUGUUGAGAGAGCUGGCUGAUAGCCUCAAGUUCACCUUCCGCAUCAAACUGGUGGACGAUGGCCUGUAUGGAGCACCUGAACCCAACGGCUCAUGGACAGGCAUGGUGGGAGAGCUGAUCAACAGGAAAGCUGAUUUGGCUGUAGCAGCUUUUACCAUCACAUCUGAGAGAGAGAAGGUCAUUGACUUCUCAAAACCCUUUAUGACCCUGGGCAUCAGUAUUCUUUACAGGGUCCAUAUAACAUCCUCUCCUCCCCUCUUUCAGAACUCUCGUUAUCAAACAUAUCAGCGAAUGUGGAACUACAUGUAUUCAAAGCAGCCCAGUGUCUUCGUGAAGAGCACAGAGGAGGGCAUUGCACGAGUCUUGAACUCUAAAUACGCCUUCCUGCUUGAAAGCACCAUGAAUGAGUACCACCGCAGCCUCAAAUGCAACCUCACCCAGAUCGGAGGCCUGCUGGACACCAAGGGUUAUGGAAUCGGCAUGCCUUUCGGUUCUCCUUUCAGAGAUGAGAUCAGUCUGGCAGUGCUGCAGUUGCAGGAGAAUAACAGGUUGGAGAUCCUAAAGAGAAGAUGGUGGGAGGGAGGGCAGUGUCCCAAAGAGGAAGACCACCGUGCCAAAGGUCUUGGGAUGGAAAACAUUGGCGGUAUAUUUGUGGUGUUGAUCUGUGGCCUGAUUAUUGCUGUGUUUGUGGCUGUGAUGGAGUUUGUGUGGUCCACACGGCGAUCAGCUGAAACAGACGAGGUGUCUGUAUGUCAAGAGAUGUUGACAGAGUUCCGUAACGCAGUUUCCUGCAAGAAAAGUUCUCGUCUUCGCCGCCGCCGACCCCUGUCCAGCUCUCUGGCCCUUCGACACCCCACUCGCAUCACUUUAGGGGCCCCGAGGCCCCUGCGCCUUGUCCGAGAGAUGCGCCUUAGCAACGGAAAGCUCUACAGCGGUACUGGACCCCUGACCGGAAGUUCAGGACCAGGAGGAGGCCCCUCAGACAUGGGCCCCGGCCCCCAGCGACUUCUGGAGGACCCGUUAGUUGCCAACAGCACCCCCACAGUGGCUCUGGGACCACCCGCAGUGACAGUGCCUCUGCCGCGGGGCUGCACUCAUGUGCGAAUUUGCCAGGAGUGCCGGCGUAUCCAGAGUCUACGCACAACCUCUUGCACACGCAUCCCUCCCUCUUCUGCCCCUCUGCCUCGCCUGGCCCCGCCCCCUCCACACUCAUCCUCCAAUACAGACAGUGAAGGCGGCGGCGGCCUGAGCCCGUGCCGGAUAGGCCACUCCCCGCUGGCAAAAGGCUGCACUUUACCACCACCUCAGUCUAGCAACAACACAGACCUGAUGGGAGAGCAGAAAUGAGAGCAGAGAGACUGACAAAAGGGGGAGACAAAAUUAUGACUCGUUUUUGCAAUAUUUGCCCCUUUUGUUCAAAAUUACAGACAACUGCGCUUUCCAUCUUUUAUUUGGUAUGAGAGAAUUGUGCUUUUUUUAAUAGCCAUGUGUCACAUCAAUGAUUCUUUUGUACUACUGAACAAUGUACUAUAACACUGACCAUGUCUGAAACAACCUUGAAAAUGUGAUGGUAAAGAUUUAAGACUCUCAGUCUGAGGAUUUAGAAAUGCUUCACGAUAGGCAGCACAGAGAUAUUAAACUUCCCCGUGAUUCUGAUCUUCAGGCAGCACACAGACGUCUGCUUGCGAUCAGAGGCACAGACUCUCCUUCCCUUCAAUGACUGAACUUGGUCUCUAUGUUACGAUAGAGGUCAUACACAGGAAGUAGCACAGCGAUGCUCUCUUUUGGACAUCAUUGUCUCAAUGAUACUGUCCAGAUCAGAGCCAGACCGCAACAGAAUGAGAGCACAUGCGUUAACGCUAUGAAACACAAACUUGUUAAUUAAAAAGAUAUUCUAAACAGAUAUUCUUACUUUUCUGUACUGUACUUAUUUUUAAAUUCACUGUCUGUGUAAUUUAAUUCUGGGGUUGUGUUGUCUGAAUUGGAAAUUAAAAAUAGAGAUACUUUAUUGAUACUGAGGAGAUCAACUCUGACUGAAUAUGUGUUAUUUGAAAUGAGGAGCUGUGUGUUCAUUAAAACGUGGACUUCGAUCUGUCUGCAAGAACUUGUGAGUCCGUAAAUUGUGCUGAAAAUCACACCACAUACCUCAACCCAAAUUUGCACUCACG